AUGGCUGGCCAAGACGUGCCCGAGCUGUCUAGCGACGCUGACGACGAUGAGGCUCUACGGUACGCCAUUGCCCUGUCCCUCCAGGAUGAACAGGGGGCUCCGCAGGAUGCACCGGAUAAGAGUAAAGUGACAGAGAUAUCGGAGGACAAGAAGUCGACAGGGGACCUGCCCGGAGCAAACACGACUACGUUUGGAUCUCUGUUUCGCGACGGUGCCGUCAAGAAGACGUGGGCCUACGGGUACCCCAGGACAGAGGACGACAUCAAGAUCGAGGAGGUGCUGCAGAGAGACCAGCUGGAGCUGGCUGUCCUGUCGUCCUUCCAGUGGGACGACGAAUGGCUCAUGUCCAAGGUGGACAUGCUGAGGACCAGGCUACUCCUUGUAGCAUAUGCAGCGGACCAGGACCAGAAAACCGCCAUGCAAGCCAACGCCCCGCCAAACGUGCGUUUUUGCUUCCCGCCCAUGAGCGGGCGUGGAGCCAUGCAUUCCAAGCUGCAACUUCUCAAGUAUCCUGGUAGUCUGCGAAUCGUGGUGCCUACGGGUAACCUGGUGUCCUAUGACUGGGGAGAGACGGGGGUCAUGGAGAACGUUGGUUUAAUUUCCUCUCCUGGUCUUCAUCUGCUCAUGGUGUUUUUAAUCGACCUACCCCUUUUGUCCGAGACCAGCCACAAGAAUCGUGAGCAGCAACAGCAGCAGCAACCGACAGGCUUUUUCACCGAGCUGAGCCGGUUCCUGCGCGCUGCGGGUAUAGAUGACAACAUGAUACAGAGUCUCUCGCGCUACGACUUUACACGGACGGCCAAUCUAGGCUUUGUAUACACCAUCGUUGUAGGCUACUGUGGGCUUGGAGACACUGUGGCUGUACUUGGGCUGGCCACUAGUACUGGCGCCGUCGACGUCGACAUUGUGGCUGCUUCGUUGGGGUCCAUCAACCGGGACCUCAUUGGGGCCAUAUAUAACGCAUGUCAAGGAGAUAAUGGCAUGAAGGAGUAUAACGAGAGGACAUCUCGAAAGAGGGGACAGAAAAUGCCGGCAGACGUGCUACCCCAGCAACUACAGGAUCACGUUCGAAUCUACUUCCCGGCCGAAACAACCGUGGCCAAAAGCCGAGGCGGAAGAGGAGCUGCGGGCACGAUUUGCGUGCACGCCAGGUGGUGGCGAUCACCUAGCUUCCCCACCGGUCUGGUACGGGAUUGCGAGAAUGUCCGGGACGGACUAUUGCUGCACUCUAAGAUGAUGUUUGUCCGUCCGUCGUCGUCAUCGUCGUCGUCGUCGUUCUUCUCGGCAGACCCCGGACCCACCUCAGAUGACGGCGCUGGCGGCGGCAGCGGUACCAAUAGUGCAUCAUCAGGGGGCAAGAAGGCUUGGGCAUACGUGGGGAGCGCCAAUCUAUCUGAAAGCGCAUGGACAAGACUGGACGAGCACGUUUACAAGAGGUGGUGUGCCGGUGCCGGUGCCUGUGCCGAUGAGAGUCCCUGGAAGACAAUAUGGGCCGGAUGA